GCGUGGAGGCGGUGUUUGCGCAUGCGUGCGGAGAAGCGUGCUUCAUGUGGAGGUCAGAGCUGGAAGAGUUUUUACAGAAAAACAUAUACUAAAACAUGGCAGCGCGGCUCUUUGAGAGAAUUGGCAAACUUGGCCUGGGAUUGGCUGUGGUUGGUGGAGUGGUGAACUCUGCUUUAUAUAAUGUUGAUGCUGGACAUCGUGCUGUCAUCUUUGACAGAUUUCAAGGGAUACAGGAUAUAGUAGCCGAUGAGGGGACACACUUCAUCAUUCCAUGGGUGCAAAGGCCAUUUAUUUUUGACUGCCGUUCCCGUCCUCGCAAUGUUCCUGUUAUUACUGGGAGCAAAGAUCUACAGAAUGUCAACAUCACUCUGCGUAUCCUUUUCCGGCCUAUAAUCAGUGAGUUGCCUCGGAUCUUUACUAGCAUUGGAGAGGACUAUGAUGAGAGAGUACUUCCAUCAAUUACAACUGAGAUUCUCAAAUCAGUAGUGGCCCGGUUUGAUGCUGGGGAACUGAUCACUCAGAGAGAGCUUGUUUCCAAACAAGUGAGUGAGGACCUCACAGAGAGAGCUGCAACGUUUGGGCUUAUCCUUGAUGAUGUCUCACUGACUCACUUGACAUUUGGUAGAGAGUUCACUGAUGCCGUAGAAGCCAAGCAAGUGGCCCAGCAGGAGGCUGAGCGAGCCCGAUUUGUUGUGGAGAAGGCUGAGCAGCAGAAGAAAGCCGCUAUAAUCUCCGCUGAAGGAGACUCCAAAGCUGCCGAAUUAAUCGCUGUGUCACUAGCAGACGUGGGGGACGGCUUGAUAGAGUUGCGAAAACUGGAGGCUGCCGAAGACAUUGCAUACCAGCUUUCACGGUCUCGUAACGUCACCUACUUGCCCAGCGGGCAGUCAAUAUUGCUAAACCUGCCACAGUAAUUCAGCUGAGGUGAGAAUUUGGAGCAAGCAGAACUUCUCCCAAAUUAAUCCCUCAACAUGAACUUGUAGUUCUGGUCAUGACCGCUAAGGGUGCAGUUACGGAGGAUCGUGUGUAAACACGUGAAUGUUUUGUCAGCAGCUUGACCAAUCUGUGCAGCAUCAGAAUAUGACGACAAUGACAUGCCUUAAUGAUGAGUAACCUGUUCCAAUACAGCAGUAAAGUGACCUAAUGAAAAGUUGAUUUAAGUUGAUCACGGCAUCAACACAUUAUAUAUAAAAAUGUUUUGAAUUCUGAAAGAUUCUCACGAGCGUAAUCACAUUGUUUCCUCAUAUUGGGAGGGCUCUUCACUGUGUCCCUUUUUUGUCAAUGAUUACAUGAUAUAUCUCUGUCUGUCUCUUCAUUUGCACUUACGGGAUUGUCCAACUUGUCCCAAUAUCAGUUUUAGACUACAGUUGUUGGACUACAGUUCCCAUAAUUCUAUACAAGUGAAUCGUAGGAAAUGUAUUUUAACAACUGAAAGGUUUUUUUUUUUUUUUUUUCUCUAUGGCAAUUGAGUAUUUAAUUGUUGGGAUACAAUUCUUUUUCUGGUAGGACUAAGUACUGCAAACUGCUUUUCCUGAACUUGCAUAAUCCUGUCAACGUCAAAAAAACGCAAGGAAGUAUAGUCGAACAAUUGAGGGACGUGGCUGGACAGCCCUGAUCUAAAAUUAAACCUUAUAUUAGAAGUGCUAUUAUAAAUACAUUUGGUAUAUUUUUUUUUUUUUUUUAAAUGUCCUAAAUUUUGCUACUCAGUUGAAUUAAGUAUUCGUGACUAGGUGAAAAGGCACAGCAUGAUGUGAAUAAUGCAGGAUAGACUUUGCAGCUCUGGAAGUAAGACAUGCUAAAACGCCUUUCUUCCGCUUGCAAGGUGCACUGCGUCUUGGGCCCAGUUAAGAUACAGAAACUCUUGUGUGUAUUUCCCAGCACUUAGACUGUAUAAACAUUUUUGCACACACAUUGCUUAAUUGCAGUCCGUUUCACUGCAGUAUAUAUUUUAUUCCUGCAUAUUCCGUAGGUUGCGUAUUAAAGAACCAUUGUUGGGUCACUUUAUUGAAACUUGCCUUUCUAAACAAUUAAAGGAUCAGUAGUGUUCUAAUAUAAAUUGCUUUUAUAAUGAAAUGGCACAUUCAUUUAAGAUCACCUACAUUACAUGUCUGAGACUUACCAGUUGUGUUAACUACUGGAAUACGCUAAAAGGCUUUGGUAGGACAUUGAGGCUGUAUAUUGUGGUUGGGUAAAACACAAUCCAAUCGGAAAAGGCUGCAAUUCAAAAAGAAGAACCGAAAAAUGUUCGUGGGGCAAAAAAAAAAAUGAAUGAAUGGCAGCCCCCAGUUUCAUAAAAUACUUAAUUUCUGGGGCAAUAAAAGUAAAUCAAUACUACUCAUAAUUUGAAAUGUUAGUCGUUGAUUCUGUGCUUUUUAUAUAAGAAUUUAUAUUAUAGCAUUACUGUCUCUUUUUUCUUUAAAACUCUAAGCUGUCCAUAUUCUGUUAGCUGUUGUAAAAGAAUAAAUGCUGAUUAUUUCAAUUAGGAAAAA